AUGGGGACUCAUGUGCUGCUGUGGGUCUUAUGUCCUCUGCUGCUGCUCAGCGUGUGCAGACCCGCCGCUGCGGUCAGCGUGAAGGAAGACCUGGCCAAAUGCCUGAACGACACCGACUACAGACACCUGAUGCACACGAUGAMGCACGGCCUCCCCGCCAUCGAAAAGCCUCAUCAUGUGGUCAUCGUCGGAGCCGGGAUGGCUGGACUGACAGCCGCCAAGCUGCUUGAAGCUGCAGGACAUCAGGUCAGAAACGCAAACGUCGCUCAGGAUUUUUCAGGAAACAUAAAACAAUUCAGACAAAAACUCAUCAACAUGUCUGUCAACAGCAUCGUCCGCUUUUUAAUCGAAGAAUUUGGUUUGAAGAUGAAUAAAUUUCACAUGGUCGACAAGAACACCUUCUACUACGUUCACGGCCUGAAGCCGAAGAAAACCUACGCUGUGAUGCAAAACCCCGACGUUCUGAAGUACAACCUGCCAAAACGAGAACGCCACAUAGCGCCGCUGAAGCUGCUGGAGAUGGCUCUGCGAAAGGUCAAAGAAGAGGUCAAGGCUCACGGCUGCAGAGCUAUGCUCAAGAAAUACGACCAUUACUCUGUAAAGGAAUAUUUGCUAACUGAAGGCGGUCUGAGCGCAGAGGCAGUGAGGAUGAUCGGGGAUCUGCUAAACGAGAACAGCCUCAUGCAUCUGGCUUUGACUGAGAUGAUCUACAUCGAGAACGACGUCAGCGACRCCACCACCUACGAUGAAAUAACCGGAGGGACGGAUCUCCUGGCUAAAGCGUUCCUGACGGUCCUGGACGGCCCCAUCCUUCUGGACUCCCGGGUCAGGCGGAUCCAGCGGUCACAUAAGGGUGUGACCGUCUGGUAUCAGAGGGAAAACGACCCGUCUUUAGAAAGUCUGCAGGCCGACGCUGUGCUGGUAACCACGACGGCCAAAGCUGCCCUCUUCAUAGAGUUUGAUCCGCCUCUGUCCACCAGAAAGAUGGAGGCCAUGCGCGCCGUUCACUACGAAAGCUCUACCAAAAUCAUCCUCACUUUUAAGGAAAAKUUCUGGAAGAGCGACGGCAUCAUCGGAGGGAAGAGCAUCACAGACAGACCCACUCGCUACAYCUACUACCCCAGCCACAGUUUCCCAGGAAACGACAGCAUCGGCGUCCUGCUGGCCUCCUACACCUGGGGCGAYGACUCGCGGCUCUUCCAGGGAGCCAGUGAUGAGGAGCUGAARGAGCUGGCCCUCAGGGACCUGAUGCAAAUCCACGGCAAGAAAGUCCACACUCUCUGCACCGGUGUGAUCGUGAAGAAGUGGGAACUGGAUCCGUACAGCCUGGGUGCAUUYGCUCUGUUCACUCCGUACCAACACAUUGAGUAUUCUGCAGAGCUCUUCAGGCAUGAAGGACACAUUCACUUUGCAGGAGAACACAUGGCUUUUCCUCACGCUUGGAUUGAAACGUCCAUGAAAUCUAUGCUCCACCAUCAGGGCACAAAGAAAGUUUGA